AACCAUGGCCGUUGUAGAGGAUAGAUUCAACUCUUCUCUUAUUCUGCUUAUCAAGUUGAUCUGUUGUAUUCACUUCUGUAUAACGAUUACUAAAGGAACUGGUAUCACCACCACUUCGGGACAAAACAAUUUAACUAAAACGGAAACUAUCCAGCGGAUUUCGUGUGGAAUAGUAUGUGAAAAUGGCGGAUCCUGCAGACUUCACAAUGGAGAACCAUUAUGCAAAUGUUCCAAUGGUUACCAUGGUUACCGAUGCGAGUUACUUGAUGAUACAACAAGCAGCCACGAUGACACGAUUUCGCUGAUUCUUAGUCUGAUUACAAGCACGGCGAUGAUUGGUCUAAUUCUCUGGGGAAUGAUUCGACUAUCUCAUCGACGAAACGCAAGAGGUUCUCCAUAUAGCGAAGGAAUAUCCUCCCGAAGACAAUCAUCGCCAGAAAGAGGUAGGGAUGCGAGUGAAAUCCGAACUCCGCAAAGUCAAUCGUCAUUGGACCCAAAUGAAGUAGUACCAUCGCUGUACACUGGAAUCGCAGUUGAAGGAACCGUUCCGUACUCUUUCGAUUUACACCCUCCCCCAGACUAUUAUUCGGCGGUAGCACUCUACGCCAGUAGACAGGAUUCCCGGGAAGAAGAGGAUAAGGCUCCGGGGUCACCACCAACCUACGAAGAAGUUAUGAACUGCAGAGCCGAAGAUGUUCAGCCACAGGCCGACUCAUCGCCAUAUUCAGAGGAUCACCACUCUGAUGACAAUAAUAUCUCAGAACUUCAUUCUACUGAAAGCUAGUCGCCGCUUUAUGACCGGGGCAACAUGCGCAAUUUGUUUUCAUGUUUCUGCAUUGGAAAUAUUGUCCACAUUCGAAGUAAACGCAAUAUAAUAAACUACUCCAGCGGCGUUGUUGUAUUGAAUGACAACCAUUUUUACAGCUUAUUG